AUGCUCUCUCAACACCUGGGGGCCCCUGGGGGCCCCCAAGAGUUGCGAUUCAGUCUUAAGAAGAGCAGCAGCAGCAGCAGCAGCAGCAGCAGCAGCAGCAGCAGCAGCAACAAAGGGAAGAUGACGGUAAUAAAACAUUCAAUAUCUGCGGGUAUAAUUAAGGCAAAAAAAUUAAUAAAAAGAGGAAAAAAAGAAGAAAAAAAAGAAGAAAAAAAAGAAGAAAAAAAAGAAGAAAAAAAAGAAGAAGAAAAAGAAGAAGAAAAAGAAGAAGAAGAAAAGAAAAAAGAAAAAGAAGAAAAAGAAGAAAAAGAAGAAAAAGAAGAAGAAAAUAACAACAGCAGCAACAGCAACAACAACGGACACCGCAACUUAGCGCAGCAGCAGCAGCAGCAGCAGCAGCAGACGGAGUUGGAGGAGUUAUUACAGCAGGUGCAGCAGGUGGAGCAGCAGCAGCAGCAGCAGCAGCAGCAGCAUUCUCCUGUAUUAAUAAAGGCCUUAACCUUAUUACAUGAGGGAGGAGAGAGGGAGGUGGGGAUCGCCCAGUUAGUACAGAGGCCGGGAUCGUGGGGUUGGGGAUCGGGAUCGUCUCCCCCUCUUCCUCCUCAACAUCUGGGAUCGGGAUCGGGAUCGGGAUCGGGAUCGAGGGGUGGGGUGAGUCUAUGGGGAUCGGGAUCGGGAUCGAGAUCGUAUCCUAUGGGAUCGGGAUCGUCUCCUCCUCCUCCUCCUCUGGGAUCGGGAUCGUCUCCUCCCCCACUGGGAUCGUCUCCUCCACCACUGGGAUCGUCUCCUCCUCCCCGCCUGGGAUCGGGAUCGUCGGGAUCGUCUCCCCUGGGAUCGGUUACCGAAGUUGUUCUCCCUUUAGGACUUAAUACAGAAAUAGAAGAUAAUAUUCUUACUAGCCAGCACCUCCACAGACGGACUGCAGCAGCAGCAGCAGCCAUAGCAGCAGCUGCAAAUGUAGCAAAAGCCCAGUAG